CAUACCCCACCAUGUUGGUUGGUACCCCCCACCUGCUGACACUGGAUGAAGCUGAUGCCACCUGGACCCUCAUCAAGGAUAAAGUUAUCGAGGAGCGCUUUGGGCCCAAUGUAGUGGCAGUACCUUUCCUGUCGGAUGCAGCCUGCUAUGACCUACUGGGUGUGCUAGUGAAGCAGUCCCGACCAGCCCACACACGCCUGGCUUUACCAAGUCGGCAGGGUCGGCGGGCACUACAACCAGUAGGGCCACUACCAAACCUCCUGGAGCAGGUAGGAUCUAAGGGUGCCUUUGCCCACUGCACUCGGGAAUACUCACCAAACGGCCGGGAAGAGAUCGCCUAUGAAGAAACGCGACUAUUGGAUGGGCAGCCCUGCAGGAUCCGCCUGCACAUGGGUGGUCUGCGCAAGAAGGUGGCCUUCCUGCUGCUGCCACCAGCUCAGGUGAGCCUACAGCAAAAUCUUCCCUGGCUCCGAAGCACCCACAGCAUCUAUGUCAUCUACCAGGUCUUCUCCUGUUCCUGGCUACAGCUGGGGCUGUUGCCUACAGCCCAAGAGCCCCAGCUGCUCCGGUUACAACGGUCCCUGCCUGUUGCCUUCUCCUGCCUCAAGUUUUCACUGCAGCCCAAAGGAGUGCUGGGACCACAGAAGCCUCUGACCAAAGAUCCACUGCCCCAUGGGGCCAACUGGGUCAGACCCAACCUUGGGAUCAUGCCACCUCUGGCCCCCAUGUCAACCCCUACCGACACCCCUGAAGCUACUGAUGUGCCCCCACCUGCCCCAGCCCCACCUACACCACCUCCUCAGGAAAGGCCAGAAGGCAGACCCACCAGAUUCUCCUACAAGGGCCGAAACCCCUUCCGCAGGGGGCCCCAGAUGCUGUCAGGGUCUGUCCUCAGAGUUCGACAGCGACGAAUGAAGCUGAGGCGAGAGAUUCAGGGGGCAAGGCCCCCAAGAUCUGGCACAGGGAUACUGGUCCCCAAUAAACAUCAGCUGCUGCUCCCCCAAACCAUCCUCGGCCCAUGCUGCUUCUUCCGUCUUGGGGCUGGAGAAGAGUCCCUACUUUUUUCCCCUAGGCUCCAUGACCCCCUCACCCUUUAA